GAAUGUGACAAGGCAAGUGCAAGCCCAGGAAUUACGACAGCAUAUCAACGAAACUGGAAAAUUGUUUCUCCCAUGUAUGUGUUGGAUGCAAAAAAUGGCGAAGAUUUCGCGUUGGAAAACUAUUUACUGUCCGUGGAUAAAAUCCAGGCAGCUCCAGGAACCUCUGCUGUCCACACUCAAGUGACCACAGUGGCAGACACUCAUUUCAAACGUUGUGGUGCUUUCAGAGAUCUGAAGAAAACAUUAUAUUGUAGAGCAGACGGAAUUGAAAGAACAUGUAAACCAACUGAACAACCUUUAAAGAGAAGUCACCAUAAAAAAAGAACGGCAGCACUGAAGAAACCGCCAUCGGCCUUCGCAAUGUUCAUCAAAGAAAGUGUGUCUGCCAACCACCAUGAUUUGUCAUUCAAAGAGUUACAAUCAGUUUUGACUGAAAUGUACAACUCUUUAACUGAUGAAAGCAAAGAGGGUUACCGGCAAAAAGGCUAUAGUUAUUUUGAGGAGGUGAAUAAAACAUUCAGUUAA